GGACUGUGGCAGAGUUUAUCAGUUGGAGGCUGCACCCCUGAGCACUGUCCGGAUCCAGAGGUAGCUGAGGACUUAACUGCUGGCCUGACAGGAGCCUUGGAACUGGCAGACAAUAUGAGCGAUAAACCAGACUUGUCAGAAGUUGAAACAUUUGACAAAUCAAAGUUGAAGAAAACUAAUACUGAAGUAAAAAAUACUCUUCCGUCGAAGGAAACUAUCCAGCAAGAGAAAGAACAUAAUGAAAGAUCAUAAAAUGAGACUCUCCUUCCAAGAGCAACAACAACAUUGCCUGACAGUCAUGGCUCUAGGCUUGUUUCUGUAACCCUUUGCUAUAGGUAGACAUUUUAGGCAGCCCCUGGUCGUUCCUUUUACUACCCUGGCUGCAAAAAUCACCAUAUGCUAUGAAUCAAUAAAUUUGUUUCCCACGGCUCACUGGUGUGUAACUUUCCUUGUCCACACUCUUUUGCUGGCCUUGGUGCAUGUAGGGUUUUCACUUGCUUUGCAAGCAAAACAGUUUUAACCUACAGGAGGUGCCUCAGUGGCUUUAUCCUCUUUGCAUACUUUAACAGCUCCUUGGGCCUAUUUUCAUUUCUACUGUGACAUUAAAUCAUAGUCCCAAACUUCCUAUGGUACACUCACUGUAGACUAAGUGAUAAAAUUACACAAGGGUACUUGUUUCCAUUUAGCUUGGUUGGAAGAAAA